AUGUCCAGAAGAUACGACUCCAGAACGACCAUCUUCUCGCCUGAAGGCCGUCUCUACCAAGUCGAAUAUGCACAGGAAGCCAUUUCUAACGCUGGAACGGCAAUUGGCAUCUUAUCCACCGAGGGAGUGGUGUUGGCGUGUGAGAAGAAGUUCACAUCCAAGCUCUUGGACAGCGACGGCUCCGCAGAAAAGUUGUACCAUAUCAACGACCAGAUGAUGUGUGCAGUUGCUGGAAUGACGGCAGACGCCUCGAUUUUGGUCAACCAUGCCCGUGUUUCGGCUCAAAGAUACUUAAAGACAUAUAACGAGGAGAUUCCAUGUGAGCUCCUUAUAAAAGGAGUGUGCGACGUUAAGCAGGGCUACACGCAGCAUGGUGGUUUGCGUCCGUUUGGUGUGAGUUUCCUUUAUGCUGGCUACGAUGACCGCUAUCAGUUCCAGCUCUUCACAUCCAAUCCUAGUGGAAACUACAGUGGAUGGAAGGCCACGUCCAUUGGUGCCAACAACCUGGCUGCUCAGACAUUGUUGAAGAAAGACUAUAAGGAUGAUUUGCUGUUGAAGGAUGCAUGUGAGUUGGCCAUUAAAGUUCUUUCGAAGACAGUGGAUAGUUCGAACUUGAAUAGUGAGAAGUUGGAGUUUGCCACGUUGAGCUUAGGAAAGAAUGGGGUUGUCCGUAAGAUUUGGAGCGAUGAAGAUAUCGAUGUUUUGAUCAAGGCGCUGGGUGUGUUGGAGAAAACUGACGACGAGUAG